GCAAAGCAGCAGUAUGAGAGAGAAGAGAGAAGAAAGGAGCUGAAGAGGCAGAGAGGGGAGGACACAUGGAUUCUCCCUGAAGUGGACCAGAGGCUGCAGCAGAUAGAGGAAUGAAGACCUGCUGUUUUCAUCUUUUGCAAUGAUGUCCAGUGCUGAGAGAAUGAGUUAGAGAGUUGGAAGUGUUUACCCUGAACCCGAUCUGACUGGGUCUGGUAGAAAAUAAAAGCAAGAAAAUAUCAUGAAGCUACACUUCAAACCAUCUCCAGCUCUAUAAAUGUAAAUGACAAAAAAAGGGGAACUAAAGCAAAAUGUGAACAUUCAACAGGAGGGUUCUGUCAAGACCAAAAAGAAGAAAGAGAAAAAAUCAAAGAAGAAGAAAGAGAAGAAAAAAAAAAUCAAGAAGGAGAAGAAUGCAGAAGAAGGAAAUGGCUCCAGUGAAAGUUCCCAGGACUCGGAGGAGGAGUGGGUUGAGGCUCAGAGUCAGCCUGCGAAAGCAUGGAAGGUUCCAGUGCAGCCCAAGGCUUCAGAGGGCGGCCUGAGCCCAGCAGAGAAUAUCCAGAGAGACGAGUGGAUGACUUUUGAUUUCCUGGCUAUGAAAACGACGUCCACUGCGGAGAGAAAAGCAGAGAAAGACCGACAGAAAGAAGAAGAGAGAGCCAAGGCUCAGGCCAUUGAACAGGCUGGUUUGCACAAAUUGGAGCUAAACCCAUACUGGAAAGAUGGAGGGACUGGUUUGCCUCCAGAGGACGUCGCUCAUGCUGCAGCAAAGAAAGCAGGCCUGGUAGUGAAUGAUGGCGGCCUGAGCUGGCUGAGGAAGAGCUACCAGAGGAUGAAGGAGCAAGCAGAGCGGGAGCAGCGUAGCCUCAGCGAUAUUGUGGCUCAGAGAUACGGGUCAAUGGAGGAAUUUCAGAAGAGACUCGCCGAGAAAGCUGUGCAUGGUGAUAGUAGAGGCAAUAGAGAGUAUUCAGCGAGAGAAGGAUGGAGGAGAGGAGAGGAGGAUGACAGGGAGAGGUGGAGAGCAAGAGAGGAUGAUAGGCAAGAUCGAGAUCGGUGGAGAAAACGUGAAAGAGACCUGUCACCCCGGGAAAAAGCGAGUUACAGGAGGGGAGAUUCGAAGGAGAAGGAUCGAGGAAGAGAGGAUGACAGAGGCCGAGACGGAGAGAGGGAAAGAGGGAGUCGACGAGACAGAGGCAGAGAUGACGAAAAAGACAAAAAUAGGGACAGAGAGCGAGAAAAGGAUAGGCAUAGAGAUAAAGAAAAAGCAUCUUCAUCAUCAUCUGGAGAGAGUUGGAAUCAGCGCUCUUCCUCUCUUGGCUCACUGAAAGGUCGUUUCCUCAAACCAUCAGAACGUGAUGAUGGUGUUGAAGCUCAUCAGCGUCCUCCUCCAACUCGGCCUUCCGUCGGCUUUCUGAAACCGAAUGGCGAUGAUGAAGACUCUCCCCAGAAGCAAAGUAGUAUCCAAGCCUGGAAAAAACACAACACAUCUGGCCAGGAACCCGACAGGACUGAAACUCCUCAAGAAAACAAAACCCAGCCAGAGGGGACUGGAGACACUCUUCGUGUUGCUUCCUCAGCAAGGACUGAGAAUGAUAGUGAGGAGGAGGCAGAAGAAGAGAUUCCACUGCUGUCAGAGGAAGAGAUGAACAAACUGGGGUCAAAGCUGAUAAAGGCAGAGAUCAUGGGAAAUACGGCUAUGGUUGAGAAACUGAAGUCACAGCUGGAAGCAGCUCAAAAAGCAAAGGAGAUUCAUGCUGUCAGAAAGAAGGAACAUGAAGCAGCUAAGUCAAAGCAGGUUGGUAGUCAGUCAAGAGAAGACCAGGAAGUUUUACUGUUCAGAACGGAUGAGUGCGGUCGGGCCUGGCCCGUGAAGGGUCCGUCUGGACCCCAGGAGCCCCAUGGCGGACGCCGGAAGAAGAAACCGAUUGAGACCCACGUUGAUGGGGAGCGUGUUCGCUACUUCCAGGAUGACGACAGCGUCGGACUGCAGGAGAUGGUGAGGAGGGAGAAGAUGAGCUCUGCCCAAGAUCAGCAUGCCCUUUAUUCACGUAUGGCAGCAAAGAUGAUGGGAAAGACAGACGGUGACAACUACACACUGGACGACAUGUUUGUGUCAAGCGCUGCACAGCGGGAGGGCGAGGGAAAGGAGGAGGACAGGAUGAGGAACAGAGCUAUUGGGGAGAGCAGACGGCUGGCUGUGUCCAUGGAGAAAUGUUCUCACUGUUUCAGCAGCCAAGAGCUCCCGAAGCAUCUUAUUGUGGCCAUAGGGAGCAAGGUGUACCUGAGCUUGCCUGCAGGAGUGUCAAUGACGGAAGGCCACUGUCUCAUCUGUCCUCUUCAGCAUCACACCUGUGCCACCGGAUUGGAUGAGGAUGUCUGGUCAGAAAUGCAGCUGUUCCGGCGUGCUUUGGUGCGAAUGUUUGAGUCCCAAGAGCUUGACUGUGUGUUUAUGGAAACACACAUGAACCUUCGCAGAAAACAACACAUGGUCCUAGAGUGCAUCCCACUGCCCAGAGAGCUGGGUGACAUGGCACCCAUAUACUUUAAGAAAGCUAUCAUGGAGUGUGAUGAGGAGUGGGCUAUGAACAAGAAGCUCGUUGACCUCUCUUCAAAAGACAUCCGGAGAGCUGUCCCUCGGGGUCUGCCAUACUUUGCUGUAGAUUUUGGAUUGCAGGGAGGAUUUGCUCAUGUCAUUGAAAAUGAACAGAAGUUUCCUCAUUACUUUGGCAAGGAAGUUGUUGGAGGGAUGAUGGACUUGGAGCCACGACGCUGGAGGAAGCUUAUCAGAGAAAAUUUUGAUGAUCAGAGAAAAAAAGUCCUGCAGUUUGCACAGUGGUGGAAACCAUAUGACUGUACCAAGACUGAGGUCUAGCUGCAGCACAGUGCUUUAACUGGAUGUUAGGAAUUUAAUUGUGAAAUGUAAUCCAUUUUUACUUAAAUAAAAGAAAAUCAAAUGAAUUUAAAUGUUGUGUUUUUGUGAUUUUGAUUAGAUAUGAUGAACUAAAGAUGGCUUCUCUGUGUCAUAAACCUUACUUACAGUCUGCUGCUCCCCACUCUCCAUCCGAUAAGAUUAAUCUCUUACUUUCUGGUCUUAUGCUCUCCACAUCUGUCACUUAAUAAUUUGAGGUGUAAGUGUCAUCCCUGAAACUUGUGCAGGGAUAUCGACAAGCAUUUGUCUCCACCUCACACCUAUUCUCCUGAGCAAUCUGAAACGAUGACCUUACAUGCAACCUCAUCAUCUUUUUUUAUUUUUCAAUUUGAGCAAAGCUAUUGGCUCUUUGAUUAGUUCACAACUUCAGAGGCUGCUCUUAUUUCUAGGUUUAAUCUCAGACUCCCAUUUGAUGCAUGGAUGCAGCUGACUGUUGGUGAAUUGGUGUGAGUGUUGGAAGAGGAUUACUAUGAUGUUUUUUUAUUGCACUAUUUGCACAUGCAGACCUGUGUAGUUAUUCUGUAUUGUCUACAUUGUUAAACUAUUGCAAAUGUCCCUCUAAAAUAUGUUGACUGCGACUUCCACUUUCCAAUCUAACUUUGUGAAAUUUUUUUUUUAACAUUUUCAACGAUAUUCUAGUUUGACAUACACAUUUCUUCUGUGCUAAUCUCAAUGUGUUUUGCAGUCCUAUAAACUUUGUAAGGGUUUUUUUUGUUUUGUUUUGUUUUCCUAUUUUGUUUUCCUCUUGUCAACUUGUGUUUUCAAAGGUCAGAACCCUUCCAGCAAAUGUCUUUGCAGAAAGGUCGCCAUUUUGCCAGAAAACAGUCUCUUGCAAUUUUUGCAAGAGACUUUUAACCCCGCUUGUGCUUCAGACACUGUCCUGUGGACAAGCAAUGUAGGUUAUUUAUACGACACAAGUACUGUAGAGGAUGCAGGUUCGUGGUUAAUAACAACAGAAUGGUGUGAAGUGAUGUAUAGUGAUGGCCAAUUAGAUUGGCUGGGGGUGGAUUUAUGACCGAGUCAGUCAUUCGUCUUUUCCUGUCUGCAUCUCUGUCUCUCUCGCUCACACGUCCUUUUUCUGUUGACCCUGGCAUUAAGCUGUAAGGCCAACAAGUACUUUGUGCUUUCACUCUUAAUAUCUGCAGUUUGAAGUCUUUCUGCCUUGUUUGUGUGCUUUCACAGCAGGCGUCAACAGGCAUGUCGAUUUCUUUUGUUGUACAGUUGAUGACUUGUAACUUCACUCUAACAUAUAUAUAUAAUUAUUAUUAUUGAGCAUUUAAUUUGAUUAAUAACUUCAUGGAAGCAGACAGAUGUUAUACCAUAAUACAAAAUAUGCCAUAAAUUUGUUGACAGCACAAAAAAAAAAUUUCCUGCUCUUCAUUUUUAUGAGCCUGAUUAUUGUACUACUGUAAUGCACUUCACCUGAUAGGUAAACAUUUCAUUAUUAAUGUCUCUUCUUUAACGUAAAAUAUUGUCGGUUUCAUUGGUUGGAACAUCCAAUCAAUUUUUUAUUUCUUUAUUGAGAGACGAUUGAAGGGUUUCUGGUGUGUACUACCAGUUUCAAGUCACAACAUAUCAAACAGAUUUAAGAUCUGGGCUUCCAGUCAUCCCAGGGCUUCCCACUUCUUAAUCUUCAGCUGGUGAAUUUUCCGGCAUUAGAUCACUCUCAUGUUCCAGGAUCCAGUUCUGUUCUGGGCAAAUCUUUUACAGAUGGUCUCAGAUGUUACUCAAGCACCUUCUGAUACAUUGUGCAAUUCAUCAUGGAGUUUAUGAUGGUGAGCUGGCCUGGUCCCUCUGCAGCAAAGCAUCCCACAGUAAUACUUCCUUUUCUGUGCUUCAUAAUUCAGGUUCUUUUCCUGGUAUGUUGUUUUCAGGCUCUCUAUUCUGGUGUCAUAAUAAUUGCUUUUUUAACUCAUCUGAGCAAAGACCAUUAUUUCAGUUGUCCUGAAAGCUUGUCUUUGUUUUCCCCGGUAGACUUUAAUUUGGCCUUCAUGCUUUUCUUAUGAAACAUUUUCCCAUUUAACACUUUUUAUGAAAACUCAGCUUUUAGGGUUGAAUUCUUUGAGUUGGCUUGUUGCUGAAAAUGUGCUAUAUAAAUAAGAUUACCUUACAGACAUGCAUUUCACAUCAACAGUAGCAACAAACUGAUGUUGGUUUUAUGCUGACAUUCUGGGGUGUUUUGAGUUUUGGUCUGUCACAGGGAAAAUUGCUUGUCUAUAUUAUAUGAAAUUUUCUGUCUUGUUUAGCUUAAGAUUGAAUAUCUAAAUGACCAGAUAUUGUCAAGAACACUGGAUAUAUUUAACAUUCCUUGUAGGUGAACCUGUUUGACGGUUGGUUUGUCUGUUACAUAAAUUCUCAUUUUAACUUUC